UGUUUGAAUCGGUGGGAGAGAGACAGCUGGGCAGAGACGGGGGCGAGCACAUCGAAGACGAUGGCCUGCGAUGUCGCCGCCGAUGAGCCACCUGCCAUCCCCACCGUACUGGAGCUUCGCGUGCUCGACAAAGCCCCCGCCGUCUGCCCUGUCCAGGAGCCCCGCGCGCCCGACAAGUCCCUCGCCGUCUGCACCGCCCGGGAGCUCCGCGCAGGCGACGCACCGUCCGCCAUGGGCAGGGCCCCCGAUCUCUGCGCCGGCGACACUGAGCACGCGGCACACGAUAGAAAUGCAUCGGCUCGCACUGGUGAAUUUUGUGUAGGUCACGUUGGAGUAGUGGGUUGGGCAGCAGGGGAUGAGGAUUUUGAUUCAUUGAGCCAGGAAUCUCUAUUUGAUACUAGAAGUCUGUCUCUGCUAGAGAAAUUGUACAGCAAGUCUGAAUUUGUUAGAUUCAGAGUACCAUAGCAUUUAUGAACUUUUAUUAGAGUGUGGUUACGUGGCAGGGGAUGAUUUUAGGUGUUUCUCGCUAGGAAGGGAUUUUUUAUGGUGAUCAAAGUGUUUGAACAGACUAGCCGUUCCGCCAUU